AUGCUCGAGCUGUCUUUUCAAAAUGCUCAAGAAGUGGUGGACCAAAAUAACAGUGCCAGCUUACAAGAAAAAAAACAAAUUCAAAUCCUUCAGGAUGUUAUUGUUAAGCCAGCUUCUACAAGCAGUGAAACUACAACUUUUCAAGAACCUCGCUGCAGUUCAUCUAUUGCUUUUCAAGAACCUAGCUUCAGUUCAACUUUACACGAUAGCCCAAUGCGGGUAAGUCCUCAAGUUAGAAAGACUUAUUUAGACUUUACGCCUAAAAGAAAGAAAAUACAAAAAUCAGAAAACGAUGUUUAUGUUAGUCCUAGUACUGGCAAUACUCUUCAUGUACUGGAAAACGCUGAAUACGGACUUGCAACUCCUAUCCGCAAAUAUUAUAAUUUAAGAAAAGAAACCCCAGUAACUCCGAACGUAUCAAAUCUUACAAGCAGGACUAGUUCUAUUAGUGACAUUUCAUGUGCAAAAUCCUUAUUAUGCCCACUAUCCAACGAGGAAAUCUAUGCAUCUAAUAACAAUUAUACUCCCAACCCUUCCGAGAAAAUCUGUGCAAUAUAUGACACUCAAACACAAAAUGAACAAAGUUCAUUAACAUAUUUGAAUAUUCCUGCAAAUUCUGCUAAAGAUUUUGAACCCGAUUCAUCUGAUGAUAAUUAUGCUCCCAACUCGUCUGACCUAGAAACUGAUUCUUCUUACUCCGACGAUAGUGAUGGUGAUGAUAGCGUGAUAACUUACUAUGAAAACAGUUCUGAAAUCGAAUUAGUUCAAAUACUUGAAAAUACUCAAUGUACAGAAAACAAUAAUUUUGACGAGUGGGAAGACAUUAACGAUACAAAACCUGAUUUCGAUGAAUUCACAGAUAAUUGUAGACCAAACAUUCCGGAUAUAAUACUAUAA